UUUGCGUCGACUAAGUUUCAUGGCUUUAGGCAACAACAUUCUCACGGGAGAAAUUCCAUCAUGGUUAGGUGUCUUGGAUAGACUUCAAUACCUGUCCUUGAGAGAGAAUAAUUUUGUUGGCCAUCUUCCUGCUAACAUAUGCGACAACCUUCCAAAUCUAAAAAAGCUCGAUCUGUAUUGGAAUCAAUUGAGUGGCCAGCUACUAUCAGGUUUAUCAAACUGCUCCGGACUCAAGUCGUUAGAUUUGUCACUCAACCAGUUCAAUGGUUACAUACCAAAAGCGGUGGGGAACCUGAAAAUGCUUGAGGAGCUACAUCUCUAUUAUAACAAUUUGGAAGGUCCGAUUCCAAACGAGAUUGGCAACUUGCUCAAAUUGGAGAGCCUUGGCUUGGGUGAGAAUAGCUUAAGUGGUUCAAUACCGGUUGGGAUCUUCAACAUGUCAACUCUGAGGGAACUCGACCUUGCCGACAAUCAAUUAUCAGGCGUUCUUCCAUCAAAUAUGUGCCAUGGCCUACACAAUUUGGAAUACAUUGAUCUUGGUGGGAAUAACUUCAGCGGAGCCAUACCCGCCUCUAUCUCAAACUGUUCGAAACUAAUUGAAAUAAUUCUUUAUGAUAACAAAUUCAGCGGUCCAAUUCCCAAUUCCAUUGGAAAUUUGAGACGCCUCGAAUUUCUAGAUCUGUCUGGUAACAAUUUGACAAGUGAAUCUUCAUCUCCAGAAUCGGGCCUUUUCACUUCCCUCACAGGUUGCAUCUCUUUAAGGUAUAUCCGGGUAGGAGACAAUCCGUUAAAUGGGGUUCUUCCGAGAUCCAUCGGGAAUCUUUCUAUUUCUGUUGAAUGGUUGGAUGUAGGGAACUGUGGACUCGGGGGGAACAUUCCAGACGGCAUUGGAAACUUGAGCAAUUUAGUUUUUUUAAGUCUAAGUGACAAUAGUUGGACCGGAUCAGUUCCGAAUACGAUAUGGGGUCUGCAAAAGCUUCAGAAUUUGGAUCUUAUCAAUAUUUCCCUCACUGGUCCGCUCCCUCGUGGUCUCUGUGGAUUGCAGAGUUUGGAGGAAUUAUGCCUAACUCAAAAUCAGAUUAGCGGUUCAAUUCCAGGAUGUUUCAAUAACCUCACAUCUUUGGGAUAUCUUGACAUUGCUUUCAAUAGAUUAACCUCUACUCUGCCGAUGGGCUUGUGGGAUCUUAAAGGUCUCCAGGAGGUCAACUUGUCGUCGAAUUUAUUGAGAGGACCUUUGGCUCCAGAGAUGGGAGAAUUAAAGAAUUUGACAAGGUUAGACUUGUCAAACAAUCAGUUUUCAGGCAAAAUCCCAAGCAGCAUUUGGAGUUUAGAGAAUUUGGAUCACCUUUCUUUAGCAAACAACAGCUUGCAAGGAUCAAUUCCGGACAACCUUUGAAUUGAUACCUUUGAAUUUGGAGCUAGAAAACUAGCUCAUUACAGAGUAACUUCUCUUGUUGGAUCCCCAAUAUACUCAAAUGUUCACUUUUAAGCAAUUAAAUGGUAACUCAUGUAUUCUUACUCUGUAAUAAAUUAAGGCUUGUGUAGACUUUCUUGGGUCCAAUAUGCACCAUACCCGGCUAUUCCAAACAAUAAAAUCAAGCACA